AUGGACAAAUUGAUCAUUUUGUUCCUGAUUUUUGCAUUCAUUACCAUGUGUGAGGGUAAAUUUUGGGGUAUAACGCAUGUUAAAAUUAUCAAUGGUUUGGAACCAGCAGCAGAUGUUAGCGUUCAUUGUAAAUCCAAAGACGAUGAUCUUGGUGCUCGUCAACUUCAGAACAAUGCAAGCUUUCAGUUUCAGUUCAGGCCCAACUUCUGGGGAAGUACACAAUUCUACUGCAGCUUUGUGUGGCCAAAACAAAUUCAAUGGUUCGACAUUUUCAAACACAACAGGGAUGAUUGCAAGUUUUGUACGUGGAUUGUCAAAACUGGAGGUCCAUGUAUGUACAAUUAUACCUCUGAGAGCUUUGAUCAAUGUCAUCCCUGGAACAAGAAAAUUUGA